CUUUCCCCCUCCCCAUUCAAUUUACAUGCAUAGCUGGCCUAGUAGGUGUAAAAAUAGACAGGCAGCGCCUGAAUUGGAAAUGGUCACUGAAUGCUGUCUGCAGUUGCUGAGGUUUCCUUUUGACACAGGGCAGCCUGCAGAAAGAAAACUCUGGCGAGGGGAGUUGAGUGGAGCAAAGCACGGGAUCAGUAACUAUCCUUCUGGAUUGUUUACUCUGCCCCUUUGGAGUGUUUAGGACACUUCAAAGUCAAACCCACUUGCAGGAGUGAGCGGGGAGGACUGAUAUGGGCAAUGCACCCGUUUGCCAGGCUUGCCACACGGACAAGGGUGUGAGAGUGCAAGGAAACAUACAAGAUGUGGAUAAAAUUCCAGACUACUAUGGAUGCAACAACGAAGAGGCUAAAUAUCCUGAGACACUGUCUGACAGCAAUGCAAGCUUCCUCAGAGCUGCCAGGGCUGGCAAUCUGGACAAAGUUGUGGAAUAUCUGAAGGGAGGAAUAGACAUCAAUACAUGUAAUCAGAAUGGACUCAAUGCUCUACACCUGGCUGCCAAAGAAGGCCAUGUGGGGCUGGUUCAGGAAUUGCUGGAAAGAGGUUCUGCAGUGGACUCUGCUACUAAGAAAGGCAAUACUGCAUUGCAUAUUGCAUCCUUGGCUGGGCAGGCUGAAGUUGUCAAAGUUCUAGUGAAG